UAAGCAUAUAGAUAAGAACAUCUGGUUUUAUGACAGUCACAGAAGAACUUUGAAUCUGCUAAAACGUCACAAAGAAAGUAUUCUCCAUAGUCAACACAUGAGUAGAUCUCCACCAGCUAACUGAAAGCCAGAUAUAUUGUUCCGUGCAAGAAUGAAGACUUUGCAGACUACUUUUUUUUUGUUUGUGUUUGUACCUUUGGCAAAUUCAGCACCACCUAUACAGCAAGAAUCACUCCAGUUUUAUGAGUAUGAUACAGAUGUUACCAUGGGAAGCCUGAUCCAACAAGAUUAUGAAAUGCAAUCCAAGGAUAUAAGAAAGGAUGGAACAAAUGUUUCUCUUGACACUUCCCUAAUACUGCAAGGGGAUGACAGCGAACGCAAUGUACCACCAACAAAGGAUACAAAUUUACCUACUUGUCUGCUCUGUGUGUGUUUAAGCGGAUCAGUGUACUGUGAGGAAAUAGACAUAGAAGCUGUACCCCCACUGCCAAAGGAAACAGCGUAUCUUUAUGCACGAUUUAACAAAAUAAAAAGGAUAGCAGUCUCCGAUUUUGCUGACAUUACUACCUUGAGAAGAAUUGAUUUUAGUGGAAACAGGAUAGAAGAAAUAGAAGAUGGAGCCUUUUCAAAGCUUCUGUUAUUGGAAGAACUUUCUCUUGCUGAAAAUCGACUUCUAAAACUUCCUGUUCUACCUCCCAAACUGACAACAUUUAAUGCAAAUCAAAAUAGAAUCAAGAGCAGAGGAAUCAAAGCAAAUGCUUUCAAGAAGCUGACAAAUUUGGCCUACCUCUACUUAGGACAUAAUGCACUGGAAUCUGUUCCCCUUAACUUACCGGAAAGUCUGCGUAUUCUUCACCUUCAGUACAACAAUAUUACUACAAUCACCGAUGACACAUUCUGCAAAUCUAAUAACACACGUUACAUCCGCACACAUAUGGAUGAGAUAAGGAUGGAAGGCAAUCCGAUCCUCUUGGCAAAGCAUGUUAAUGCUUUUUCCUGCUUGAGAACACUGCCUGUAGGAACAUACUACUAGCCACUACUUACGUAAUUAUACAUGCCAAAACUUAAACAUGGUAACAGAAGAUCAUUCUAUUUCCUCUGUUUACACAUUUAUAUCCUCUCUCUUACUAAUGUCGUUUUCCCUGCAUACCCAGAACCUUUUACUAUGUUGAAAUGUGGUUCUCCCCUGAAAUAGCUAUUUCAAAACAGCCACUUUAUUUAGUAGUUACAAUGUCACCCAUGCUUUCAGAAACUUUUCUGUCAAUGAAAGUGUAAAAAUACAUGUAUGUACAUACAUA